CAGCUGCAGCGGACCCGAGGCGCUCUGCCCGUGGCGCACUCGGGCAGCCCAGGGCCGGCAGGGGCUCCGCAAAGUCGCGGAGCAAGGGAGGCCGAGAGCCCGCAAAGUGGUGGGGCUCCGGGCUGGAAGAGGCGUGCCUGCGGAGCCUGGAUCCCGGCGCCCUUUCGUUGAGUGCAGCGUUCGGUCGGUGGUGCAGCCGCCGGGAAAGAGCAGUCAAAUUGCAGCCUCCCUAAAGAAGCCUAGUUGCGCAGGCGAGCCGGCUCCCCAAGCGUGCUUCUAGCGGUGCCGCAGAGCCCUCCCGGGCCAGCGGGCUAAGGCUGGGAGCAAGGCGCCGCCGUCCCAGAGGCAGUGAACCCCCGGCAUCUGGUUGCUCCGCUAGUGCUCUCGGGUGCAGAGAGGGGGCGUGCGAAGCUCCAACAGCUCGCUCGAUCAGAACCCGUGCCCGACCAGGGUGCCCCCUCCGUCCCACUCUGGGAGCAAUGCCCCCCGCCCCUCGUGCCCCCCGGGAACGAGGCGAGCAUGGAGAAGUCGAGUAGCGAGGAUUCUUCGAUCCAUCGGAGUCCAUCUUUGGAUAGCAAGGACUCGGACUUUGCCAAGCCGUCCACCUCUGGCCGCCCGUUCGGCCGCGGCUUCACGGCUGGCGCCUUCUACGGCACCGCGGGUUCGCGGGGUCAGAGCCGCACGGAGGCCGGCAUUAAGACUGACAAAUACAAUGCGCCCAAAGGCAGCAAGUAUGUGGUGUUUUACCUGGACCUGUCCUUUGUGUUCCUCCUAGAAUUUAAGAAGUGCAACAUGGCCAGGGGCUGUCUCUGCUGCUUGAAGUACAUGAUGUUCCUCUUCAAUUUGAUAUUCUGGCUCUGUGGCUGUGGUCUGCUCGGAGUGGGCAUCUGGCUCUCCGUGUCCCAGGGCAACUUUGCCACCUUCUCCCCCAGCUUCCCCUCGCUGUCUGCAGCCAACCUUGUCAUCGCCAUAGGCACUAUCGUCAUGGUGACGGGCUUCCUGGGCUGCCUGGGGGCCAUCAAGGAGAACAAGUGUUUGCUCCUCAGCUUCUUCAUCGUGCUGUUGAUCAUCCUGCUCGCAGAGUUGAUCCUGCUCAUCCUCUUCUUCGUCUACAUGGACAAGGUGAACGAGAAUGCCAAGCAGGACCUGAAAGAGGGGCUGCUGCUCUACAACACGGAGAACAACGUGGGGCUCAAGAACGCCUGGAACAUCAUCCAGGCCGAGAUGCGGUGUUGUGGGGUCACUGACUACACAGACUGGUAUCCAGUGCUCGGCGAGAACACAGUUCCUGACCGAUGUUGCAUGGAGAAUUCCCAGGGCUGUGGGCGCAACAGCACCACCCCCUUGUGGAGAACGGGCUGCUACGAGAAAGUGAAGCUGUGGUUUGAUGACAAUAAGCACGUGCUGGGGACCAUCGGCAUGUGCAUCCUCAUCAUGCAGAUCCUGGGAAUGGCCUUUUCCAUGACUCUGUUCCAGCACAUCCACCGGACGGGUAAAAAGUACGACGCCUGAGCGCGUGGCGGCGCCUGGCUCCACCCGGACUCCACGUGCCAGGGAAGAGGGCCUGGGCUGUGUCUCCUGCCUGCUCUCCGAUGGCCGGCCACCCCGCACCACCUGCCAGCCCACCCUCCCCUGCCCACAUCCUUGGCCUUAGACCUCGUGGAGGGCAGAGGCCCAGGGAGGAGGCAUCAUGCAGAGACCUCAGGGCUUGGGCGCCUGGACUCCUGUACCUGCAUACUUGCCAAAGACGCCAGGGUGGGCAGGGUGGCCAUGAGGAAGCCCCUUCAGUGGUGGGCGUCGGCCCCUGACCUUCCUCACAUUGACACUUGUUCCUGUGUGGGGUGGAGACUCUGCCCCACAGAGGCCACUGCCGUCCAUGGCUGCCCAGCCAGAGAGCCUGCCAGGGUGCAGUGUGGCACCGCCAGGUCAGGCCCCCUGGAGCGCCCUGCCCGGGUUUUUAUACUGUAGUGUAACUUUUUUUUUAUUAUUAUUUUACCCUGAUUAUGAUUAUUCAGGAAUAUUAUCUCUCAGCUAAGUUUAGGGUUAGCUUUCUGAUUUAUAACUUUUUACUGUGUUGGCCUCCAUAAAAUGGUUUGAGUUUCCUUUUCCUGUGGGUGGGGGUGGGUAGGGAGAGAGGACCUCCAUCCACUUUCAGUCAGGACACACCACUGUGCAACACUCACGAGGCUGGAGGGUGAGAAGAGCCAGUCUUUCCCCAAAACUCACCGAGGGAGAGGUUGUAGCCACGAUACCGGGUCCUGCCAGGCCUGGAGACCAUGGAUGGGGCCAGAAGAGGCUGGCAGCAUACAAAGCAUGGGGCGUCGUCCUCUGGGGUGGGAGGACACUGCCUGAACCAGGGAGCCUCCUCAGCGGGGCAUGCGUGGGUCACAGGAGGGUGAAGUACUUUACUGGGAGGAGGGGCAGUCAGGACAGUUGGUGGCGUUUCCUCUUCCUCCCGUGGUCCCUCUGUGGGCUUCCCUCCUGACCCACCAGCAUCCUGCAUCCCGAACGGCCACUCCCACACAUUCCUGCUGCAAACCCCUCUGGCUCAGGCCCUGUUCUACUCACCCUGCUUUGGACAGUGGAAGCAGACAUGUUCCUCCGCCCAGAUGAAAACAGAGUCUCAGGAUUACCCAGGAAGGGAGGCAGGGCUGGCGUCCAGGGCCAACCCCACCAGACUCACUGCGCUGCUGAGGGGAAAGGAGAGAGCCAUGUGGGUCUCAGGACCACUCCUCCUCAUUGCUGUACACACUGGGGGCGGGAGGCAGGCACCAUAUUCCAUGCAACCUCAAAGAGACAAGAUAGGGAAACUCUGAGAAGUCACACUUCCAUUACCCCCGCAGCGCUGGGGAGGAGGCCCUCAUUUGAUACCCAGUGCUUGGUGUGGGAGAUGGAGGCAGGCUGUACCCCAAGCUGUAGCAGCAGUCUUACCGGCACUGAUACCCACCAUGUCCUUCCGUAAAGACAACGGCCUGUGGGACUGGCCGAGCACCCUUGGGGAUCCAGAGCGCCUCAUUCUCAGGCCUUCGUGUGGCGGCUGCUUUUCUCAUUCUAUUUGACUCUUUACCAAUAUUUGCCACAGGCCAGGUCUUCCCUAAUCUAGCCAUGACAUCCAACCAACCUAUAACCCUUCUGACUUCCUUGAAUAACAGUGCACAAUCAGGGGUGUGGAACUUUCAAUACGUUCAGGAUUCAAGUUUUGGGGGUGAGAGAGGAUAGCAGGGAACUCUCAGCAGGUUGGUCCCAGAAGUUGCCAGUUCUAGGAGAUGGGAUUGUGAUGUUAUUGGAGGAAUGGCAGCCACUUCCGUGGGACCUCCAAGAUGCAGAGUUCAGGUAGACCCAUUACACAGGCAGAAAAUGAGCAUGGCACCUGCCGCAUUAUGAGUGUGGGUGGCUAGGGUAGCUCUGUUUAUGCCUGUCUGUGGGUGUUUAAACUGUCAUUAAUGUCACCAACAUCGAGGCCCCAGUACCUUAGGAGGUACUACACCUCCCUGCCUCGUCACCAUCACGUCUCUAGAGUGCUUCAGGGUGUUGCCAGCCCCUGGAUCCAUAGCUGAAGUCCCCCAGCCUCACCAGCCCCACCUCAGCUGCCUGUUCAGCAGGGCCAGAUCAUAAGUCCCAAAUUGCCUUUCUUUGUUUUAGCUGUGUGUGGCUGUGUAGCCAUCUGCAGAGUCCUCAUGGGGUAGAGGUCUUCAUGCUCAGAGAGGCUGUCCCGAGACCCUCGGUUAUCUUGGGGGAAUGGCCCUCAAAUGCUAGAAAGGCCACAUGGAGGAAGGCCCUGGGAGACGGCUGAGUGCUUCUCUGAUACUCUAGGCUGUGAGCUCACUGAGGUCCUGCUGUGAGACCUCCCCCACCCGUGGCCUCCCUUGCCUAAGGCAGAGAUGUUUCCUCAGGUCCCGUGCAAGCAAUUUGCAGACCUGACUCAGAAAGUCCUCUUGGUUUGCAGGUGACCUCAAGGAAAUAGCCUCUGGCAUUUCUCCACGGCCAGCUGACUGGCAGUGGGGCUCAGAGGGUAGGGUCUGGAAACUGUUCUCGGAUGACUGACAGGUGUCAGGGUGCACGUCUCCUUGUGCCUCUGAGCUGGCACAGUGUCACUCUUUUCUCUCCGCCAGCCUGGACCUGCACCUCAGCUGUCUCCCCUCGCACACACUCUGGCCUGACUUAGACUUAAGUGGUCAAGCCUCCAGCACACUUCAGGUGGAUGGAAUUGGUUGUCCCCUCUUCUCUGCCCACCCUCUGGUGGAGGUGCUAAUGAUCAGGGACAUGGCACAGGACAGGGAGCUGGGUACCAGGUGCUUGGGGUCUGUUCUCUGCCCCACGGCCCCUGGCAUCCCUCCUCAUGCCCCUGUUCUCUCAUUUCCCUCCCCUCCUCCAUGAUAGUGGCCUCCUGGCCUCCCCUCCCUCCGUGGGCAUUCUGAGGAGUGAGGCCUUUGGGCCUCCACUUGCCUUGCUGUCCCUGGGUGGCCAGAGAGCCGGCAGUGCACGCUUAUUGGUUUCGAAUGCACUUUCUGCUGCUUGCAAUGCCUUGUCUGCAUCUCCUUCACCCCAGGUCCCGCGUUAACGAACACCAUGUUUUUAGCAUGUUUUUAAAUAAAAACUGAUCAUGUGUCAAAAGCA